UUGGCCGCUCGCCGGACUUCAAGCCCCAGCGGCCUUUGCGGCCACGAGCGGCCGGCUUCCGGAAGAAGAACGGUUCUCUCUCGCUCUCCGUCCACCGUUGGCGAAACUGAGGCGGCGGCCAGACGGGAGGCGCAGUGGGCCUAGGCGGAGGGGACGCGCUCGGCGCCGCCGUGGACACGAUGCUCAACAUGUGGAAGGUCCGGGAGCUGGUGGACAAGGCCACCAAUGUGGUUAUGAAUUAUUCAGAAAUCGAAUCUAAGGUUCGAGAAGCAACCAAUGAUGAUCCAUGGGGACCUUCAGGGCAACUCAUGGGAGAGAUUGCCAAGGCCACUUUUAUGUAUGAACAGUUUCCAGAACUUAUGAACAUGCUUUGGACACGAAUGCUAAAAGACAACAAAAAGAACUGGAGAAGAGUUUAUAAGUCUCUGCUGCUCCUAUCUUACCUCAUAAGGAAUGGAUCAGAGCGUGUUGUUACAAGUGCCAGAGAACACAUUUAUGACUUGCGAUCCCUGGAAAAUUACCACUUUGUAGAUGAAAAUGGCAAAGACCAAGGUAUAAAUAUCCGUCAGAAAGUAAAAGAAAUGGUAGAAUUUGCCCAGGAUGAUGAUAGACUUCGCGAAGAGAGGAAAAAGGCAAAGAAAAACAAAGACAAAUACGUUGGUGUUUCUUCAGACAGUGUUGGAGGAUUCAGAUAUGGUGAAAGGUAUGACACUGAGCCCAAGUCAAAAUGGGAUGAAGAAUGGGAUAAAAACAAAGGUGGAUUUCCAUUUAGUGAUAAACUAGGUGAACUCAGUGAUAAAAUUGGGAGCACAAUUGAUGAUACCAUCAGCAAGUUUAGAAGGAAAGACAGAGAGGAUUCUCCAGAAAGAUGCAGUGAUAGCGAUGAAGAAAAGAAAUCUAGAAGAGCUAAAUCACCUAAAGGUGAAUUCAAAGAUGAAGAGGAGACAGUGACCACAAAACACAUCCAUAUUACACAGGCCACAGAGACCACGACCACCAGGCACAAACGCACAGCGAAUCCAUCAAAAACCAUUGACCUGGGAGCAGCUGCACAUUACACAGGAGACAAAGAAAGCCCAGAUCAGAAUGCUGCAACUCACACUUCACAGUCUACAGCAAAGGUUCCAGCCAGCAAGUCCUCCAAUGACCUGGUAGAUAUUUUGUUUGAUGGUGCUGAUCAGUCUCUUCCAAGAGGUGGUUCUCCUGACAUGUUUGGAGGAUUUGCUGAUUUCAACUCCCCUGCUGCUGCCUCUGCAGGAUGUCCUGCAUCACAAGGCACAGCUCCAAGUGGGAAUGGAGAGUUUGGUGACUGGAGUGCCUUCAACCGAGCCUCUCCAGGCCCGGCUGCCUCAUCUGGAGAGCUCUUCAGUGGCACUGCUCCGCCAGCUGUUGAGCUCUUUGGUGGAUCUGCUCAGCAGAGCCUUGGCCAGCCUCCAGCUGCUUCAAAUGCUGGUGACCUCUUUGAUUUGAUGGGUACCUCCCAAGCCACCAUGACCUCUUCCCAAAGCAUGAAUUUUUCCAUGAUGGGUUCCAACACUGUCAGCAUUAAUCUACCUAUGUCAAGAUCCCAGCCUUUGCAAAGUGUCAACCCAAUGAUGCAAAAAUCUAAUCAGCUUUAUAAUCUGAGCACAGAGAUGGUCGCCAAAAAUGCAGGCAAAACCCUACCAUCCACUUGGUCAGACCCCAGUGUUAAUAUCAGUUUGGACAAUUUGGUUCCUGGUAUGCAACCUUCCAAGCCCCAGCAACCAUCACUGAACACAAUGAUUCAGCAGCAGAAUAUGCAACAACCUAUGAAUGUGAUGUCUCAGAAUUUUGCAACCUUGAGCCUCAGUUCGCCUCCCAGCAUGAUGCCUGUUCGACCUCCAGCAAAUCCGCUGAUGGGAGGGCCCGUUUCUGUGGGGAUGGGGAUGCCUACAGUGAUGACUGGCACAAUAGGGAUGGCUUCCAUGGGAAGCAGCCCUAUGAUGAACCAGGGCAUGAUGGGAAUGAAUGUGAACAUGGCGGUGCCAGCUUCUGGAAUGGGUUUGUCAGGCACGAUGGGCAUGGGUGUUCCCAAUAUAGCUGUGGCAUCUUCCAUGAUUCCUGGGACUGCACAACCGAAGCAAGAUGCCUUUGCAAAUUUUGCCAAUUUUAGCAAAUAAAGAUUGUAAACCAGUCAGAUUGAAUGAAGGAUUUUAGCUGCACAAAUAAAGCUGGGGUAAGGGUGGAAAAUGCUGAUCAAAUGCUUUCUUAUUUUUUUCUUUUAUUGCUUACUUUUAAGGAAUCCACAUAAAAGAACCCAAAGGUCGUUUUAUACACUCCGAAACUACUUUUGUUGAAGCUUUGGUGGGAUAAAGGUUCUUCCAGUGAGUCAGAUGUUUGACAUUGCAAUGACUAGGCCUUGUUUUGUAACAAGACAAUUUAAAGCCUUUCUGGAUGGCAGAACCAAUUUUAACUUUGAAACUUCUGGAAGGCCCAACAUUUGUGGGCUGGGAAAAUCUGUGUGAAUCUAAUUUUAUACUUGAUUUUUCUUUUCUUUUACUCUCCUGGAAUAUGUUUAUCAUAAUUGGAUCCACUCCUUUUCCUACCACUGAGUCAAAUUUGAAGUCAAAGUAUGCUGAUCAGUUUUUUUAUAAGAAUAUAUAUAUAUUUUUGUCCAAAAAUGGCUUACAUAUGUGAUUAUGGCUUCUUCAGAGGGACCUGGAAUGUAUAUAUACUUUUGCUACUCUUCCAGCAACAAUCCUAUACUAUCCAAAUUUUUAUUGUAGACCUCUUCAAGCAAUUUGCAGAUGAAUGGGGUUUGUGGGGGAUUUCCUGUCUUUUCUCCUAUAAGAGCCAACGCAGAAGCAGUAGUAACAUCAUCUGAAGCUGCUGUAUGGUUUCCUUUCAGAGAACUCUAGAUAGUGUGUGUGUGUGUGAGGUUUGAUUUGAGGUGGCUUUUCCUCAUUCCUGCUUGAAUUACAAUUGGCAUACACCCAGCCCACUAAGGGCCACUAUUUCCAUCCCUAACAGUCAAAAGGCAAACAUAUUUAUUAUUAUUUUCUUGCAACUUUGCAAAAGAAAAGAAAGAAGACCUGCCUCUUUUGUGUUACCAAGAAACACCAUUAAACUUUUUCUUAAGUUUUGGAGUCUAGAUUUUAUUCAUCCAGGGACUUCAUUUCUCUUCUGUAAAUAUGGCCUUAGCAAUUGCGGAAUCCAAUAGAAAGGAGUUAAAGAAAUAAAUAUAAAUAUAAAUAUAUAUUAUUAAAGGAAACCUGUAGCAGUCAUAUUUUAUGAAUUGAUGCAAAUAAAGGAAAUGAAUGAAUGAAUGAAAGGCUUUCCCUUCCUUCUUCUGAUAUAAUUCAGCCUUUAGAUUCACCCACAGAUCAUGAUUUUUAGUCUGGAAUGCAGAGUUUCAAUUUAUAUUCACAAAGCCAGGGCUGCUAUGGAGGAUAAGUACUAUAUUCUAGGUAUGAAACUUUAUUGCCUUCCCUUUUCUUAUGUUGGAUAUUUUUAUUACUAUUAUUAAAUUGAUAAAACUUUAUUUCCAUUGUAUUCAUAAUGUUCUGUUAUACAUAACAUUAAACUGUUCAUUAAAAACAA